GCUGGCCGUCUUUAUGAGGGUGAGGGAGAAGGGGCGCGGGAGGCGCUGCGGAGAGUUACCGUAUUUGCCUUGGGCAGCGCAGACUCGAGGAAAGAGCCACUGCUGGAGGCCGGAGGAACUGGGGCGCAGCCUGGUCUGGGCCGGUGACUGCAGCCGGGAGUGCCCAUGACCGAACUGGCGUCCUCCGGGGACAGGUCCCCUGCGGGGGACGGGGAGGAGGGCCUGGGGGACGACCGAGGCCUGGUCAUCCACCACCCUGCGGAGGAGCAGCCGCACCGCUGCCCACUGUGCGGCCAGACCUUCUCGCAGCAGCCCAGCCUGGUGCGGCACCAGAAGGCGCAUGCCGGAGUGGGCCGCGCGGCCGCCUUCGUGUGCCCCGAGUGCGGCAAGGCCUUCAGCGUCAAGCACAACCUCGAGGUGCAUCAGCGCACCCACACGGGCGAGCGGCCCUUCCCCUGCCCCGAGUGCGGGCGCUGCUUCAGCCUCAAGCAGAACCUGCUCACGCACCAGCGUAUCCACAGCGGCGAGAAGCCGCACCAGUGCGCGCAGUGCGGCCGCUGCUUCCGCGAGCCGCGCUUCCUGCUCAACCACCAGCGCACCCACGCGCGCAUGCCCGCGCCGCACCCGCGCCGCCCCGGCGUCUUCGGGGAGCGGAGGCCCUACUUCUGCGCCCGCUGCGGCAAGAGCUUCGCGCGCGAAGGCUCGCUCAAGACCCACCAGCGCAGCCACGGCCACGGGCCCGAGGGCCAGGCGGCCCAUUUAGGCCGCGUGCUCUGAUGCGCGCUGGACCUGCUGCCUCCGGCUGUUUUCUGCCCCAGAGCCGCAUCCGUGACCUCUGGAGAUGGCGCUGGGCUUCGGCCCCCUCUCUGGCUGGGAUCCCGGGAGACUGGGAGGGCUGGCUUGGGGUCUCAAAGGAGUGGGCCGCCUCCUUCCGCUCCUUCCCCAGGACCCUCUGGCUGGCUGCACACGGCUGCUUUGGGCCCCUGCGUUGGUUUUCCUCCGCAGGCCCACCCGGCUUAGAGCAGAUGUGGCGUGUACAGGACCUCUGGGCUGUGUGCAAGGCACACCUGACACAGUGACUAGGAAUGGGGCCCUGGGCUUGUGCCCCGGCAUGAGGACACGUCCCCUAAGAAGACCUACCUCGGGAGGUGACAGCAGAGGGACCAAUGGAGCCUGGAAUUGGAGGCAGGUUCUGCGCCCCGGUGGAAAAACUCCCCGGACCUGCUGGGAGUCACAGCCGAAGAAGAGCUCGUGCUGCCUGCCUGGCUGUAAGCCUUCACUCUCCCGUGGCAGCGGGGCCGGUGCCUGUGUGGCGAGCCUGCUUCUGUGCUCCCGCCUGGCCCACCAGAGACGGGAGGUGAAUUGCCUAGGAGAACACAGCAAGUUGGUAGCAGACUCGGCUCCAGAGGCAAGACCUUCCCCCAGGUGUGCACAUACCUGCAGGCUUCGCUCUCCUUUCAGAGCAACGUUCUUAACACUUUUGGGGUCGUGAAGCCCUCUGACAAGAUGGCAAAGGUUAUGAACCGUCUCCCCAGGAAGACACACAUAGUCACGUAGAUGCAAGAAUCUACAAGCAACCCCAGGAGCUCCUGGACCCCAGGCCGAGAUCCUUGGCCCCGGGACUAACCCGCCACUCCUUCCUUACCUGACACAGAGCCCCGGGUCAGGGCCUACAUUCGAGUAGCAUUUCAUCCCCUGCCCUCCCCAACCCCUGCCCUUCCUUCCCUUGUUCAGGAAUAAAGAAUUCUGAGGA